AAUCUGGCUCUUGGAUUCAGCCAGAUUCAGUUGCCAGAUGUAGGGAUGGGUGUGGGUUGGGAGCUGGAUUAUGUUGACAGAUUAGGAGAAGCUGCAAAUGACCUAAAUGUAGGUGGUAAAACUGGAGAGUAUGCAGACCCAGUAAAAGGUGAUGGGUGCCAAAUUAUAGUUUUUCUGUCUUUCUUGUACCAGGAUGUUUUGUGGUCCUUCAAUGUCUUGUUUUAUGACCAAAUUUUGCCAGGAUCCAGAUGCUGAACCUGAGUUUUGUGGUACUGUUGUACUGGUGAGUUCAGGGUCUGUGUUUUUAAGGUGCACUAAUAGCAGCUAAACAUGUUUUUUGUUCAGGCAUGAAACUUAAGUAGAUGGGGUUAAAAACUGCCAGGAUCCAGCAGGACCCACCUGAUGGAUCCAGAGUUUGGCAAUGCAACUGAGGUGGGAUGUCUCAGGGUCUGGGGUAUUUGUUGCAAAUGGAACAGCUAGGCUUGUUCUUCAUUUAAGGGGUGGAAUUUGGAAGGCUGGGCCAAAAAUUGGCAAGAUCCAACUUGUACCCUGACCCUUCAGUCCAUUUCUAAUUGAAGGCUGAGGCUCUGGUGUCGUUUAAGCCCAAGAUCUUAAAGGCUUUUUCUAAGGAACAAAAAGGGAGGUGCAAGGGGGGAAUGCAGCAGGAGAGAUAAUCGGUGUCAUGAGUUAAUAAGGGACUUGUGCAAGUGGCAAGUGUGGAGAUGCGGGAGAGAGAGAUGGAGAUCUAAACGGCUUUAGGACCGCUCGGCGCGCUCAGGUCUGGAGGUGGUAUAAGGUUUGCAAUCCCUCUACUUGCUGGCAGUUGCAGGAGAAGAUUGCUUUUAAGUGAAACGUCCCUGCCACCUCUCUGAGGUUUCAUUCCCCUUAAUAGUGUCCUGCCCUUAAGUUUGAGAGCUCCUUUUGCAGUGCAGGGUCAGCACGAGCGCUGGGGGGGGGGGGGGGGGCCACGGGAGAUUUCCAAUCCAGAAGAAUCGCUGGCAUGUAUAUUUCAUCGGAUAGACUUUCCAUGUGUCUCAUCUCCCUGCCAUCAACGCUGUAUGCAGUGAUACUUCUGACUUGAGCAGAGGAAUGCGCGGAGGAAGCUUCGGCGAAACUGGUAGGAGAGGAUCUUCUCGGCGCCAGUGCUAACUGUCGUGAUUUAUGUCCCCUCCAAGUACCUUCCACGGCUUCAUCUAAAAUAAAACGAAAGCUGGGGCCAGCCAGGAGCGCAGCCUUCGCAGCGCGUCUUGUCGCGGAGAGGCAGGGAACGUCCUGCAGCUUCCCGGAGCCCCAGUAAAAGUUUAAGGCAAAGAAGUGGCUCGGGCAGACUGGAGACCCGGCGGUGCAGCGGGGCUGGCAGGCAACCCUGAGCGGCUGCUGCUGACUUGUUCCAGGGGGAGCGUCGGUCCUGGCUCCCCUUCUCUGAUCUGCCGGUCGCCGAGCUUUGCAGUGGAGCCGGAGGAGUUCCUCCCCCUUCGCCCCCGAGCGAGCUCCGCGGGGCAGCUCCAGGGCAGUCUACAGGUCCCGGGGCAGGGGCGGAGAAGGGGGCUCCGACCUGCCGGCUGGCGGGGGCUGCUCUUCUCCAGCCCUUGAACUCUUCGGCGUCACCAGGAACUUUUGUUGGGCGUGCGGCACACGCCUGCCAGGCUCCCCACGGCCGGGGGACGGGGCACAGCGGGCGGAGCAGCCUCCCACCCGUGCGCCCCUGGCUCCCAUGCUCCCGCUGCCGGAGGGGGAUGAGGCUGGGAAGGUCCCAGGCAGCGCGGUGUCCGCUCUCCUCCCCGCUCUAACGAGAGGGAUUGCUCCACAUGGGUGUUGGUGCCAGAAGAAAAGAAUGAUUGAUGGGAAACAGACACCAGGCUGUAGACACUCAUCCUUUUGCUUCAGAUGCUGAUUUAUCAGUGCGUCUGGGUAUCUCUUGUGAGCUUUGAACACGGAGGAUCACUCGGGGUUAUCGACAGUACAAGUGAAGACCUACAACUUUGCUAAAUUAUUAUCUGCUCUCAGACAUCUUUUACAAAAAGCCCUGAUAGACACAUUAUAAGACCAAGGACAAGCUUCAGAUUUCGGUGAAAAGCUGUUGUUUUGAAUAUGUUAGGCUUCUACCAAAGUCUUCAACUUAGUAAAGCAAGUACCAUAUUCUAAUGUUUCACGUUCAGUUGUGGAAUCUCUUUUAUAAGAUACAUACGUAAAUAUACAUGUACAUAUAUUUAUAAUCUAUAGACUGUCCUUAAAUCAAUACUGGUUAUAAUUAUCAAGGCAAUUUCAAAGGAUUUAGAGAUGUAUUUGUCAAGAUUCCUGUCACUUCAUGCCCUUUGGGUUACUGUAUCUUCAGUGAUGCAGCAUUAUCCUUCAGUGUGGGGACAUUAUGACGUGUGUAAGACUCAGAUUUACACUGAAGAAGGCAAAAUUUGGGAUUACAUGGCCUGUCAGCCAGAAGCCAGAGACAUGAUCAAAUAUGUGAAAGUGACCCUGGAUCCCCCUGAUAUAACAUGUGGAGAUCCUCCCGAGACCUUCUGUGCAAUGGGGAAUCCCUACAUGUGCAAUAAUGAAUGUGAUGCAAGUACCAAUGAACUGGCACAUCCACCUGAACUGAUGUUUGAUCUUGAAGGAAGACAUCCCUCCACAUUUUGGCAGUCUACAACGUGGAAAGAUUAUCCAAAACCUCUCCAAGUUAACAUUACCCUCUCCUGGAACAAAACCAUUGAACUAACAGAUAACAUAGUUAUCACCUUUGAAUCUGGCCGUCCAGACCAAAUGAUCCUGGAGAAAUCACUUGACUAUGGGCGAACAUGGCAACCAUACCAGUAUUAUGCCACAGACUGCUUAGACGCUUUCCAUAUGGAUCCAAAAUCAGUGAAGGAUUUAUCACAGCACACAGUCCUAGAAAUCAUUUGCACAGAAGAAUACUCCACUGGGUACAUGACAAAUAGUAAAAUCAUCCACUUCGAGAUCAAAGAUCGAUUUGCAUUUUUUGCUGGACCUCGGCUUCAUAAUAUGGCUUCCCUGUAUGGCCAGCUUGACACAACCAAGAAGCUAAGAGAUUUCUUUACCAUCACAGACCUGAGGAUAAGAUUGCUCAGACCAGCAACUGGGGAAAUAUAUGUAGAUGAGCAGCACUUGGCACGCUACUUUUAUGCAAUCUCAGACAUAAGGGUAUAUGGAAGGUGCAAGUGUAACCUUCAUGCCACUGGCUGUAAAGAAGAAAACAAAAAAUUGUUUUGUGAAUGUGAGCACAAUACUACAGGCCCAGACUGCGGGAAAUGCAAGAAGAAUUAUCAGGGUCGACCUUGGAGUCCUGGCUCAUAUCUGCCUAUUCCUAAGGGCACAGCAAAUAUCUGUAUUCCCAGUAUUUCCAGUAUUGGUAAUCCACCAAAGUUUGAUAGGAUAUGGCCGAAUAUUUCUUCCCUUGAGGUUUCUAAACCAAAUCAAGACUGUGAAUGCUUCGGCCACUCCAACCGGUGCAGUUACAUCGAGCUGAUAAAUACAGUCAUUUGCGUGAGCUGUAAACACAACACUAGAGGGCAGCACUGUGAGUUAUGCAGGCUGGGCUACUUCAGAAAUGCUUCUGCAGAGCUGGAGGAUGAAAAUGUAUGCAUAGCAAAUGUAUGUGACAAAGAACUACUGCAAUGCCAGAAUGGAGGAACAUGCCUCAAAAACAUGCGAUGCCAGUGCCCUCCAGCCUACACUGGCAUUUUGUGUGAGAAGUUGAAGUGUGAAAGGGAUCCAGGAGGCUGCAGCCAAAACUCCGGCAAUGUGGCAGUAUCACGUGGCCCUCUAUUACCGCUGACUGCUCUACUAGGAGUAACUGGGCUUUUCAUAUUCUAGGCUCCGUCUGGUUGAUGGCAUCGCGUUCAGACUGCUUCAGAAGGAAUGUGCCACAAAAAAGCAAAACAAAACCCAAGCAUUUGCUACUAAAAUUUAAAAAAGAAAAAGAAUAAAACCACGUAUAAACUAAGAAGGCCCAACUGAACUAAGCCAUAUUAAUCAAUUGUGGACUGCACUCUGAGUCAAAAGACUGUUAAUUUCUGACUCAAGACAAGUUGGCAGCUGCCAAGUCUAUUACUAUAAACAACGCCAGCUGCGAAGAGUACAAAGGAUUGAAAAGGCUUUGACAAGUCCCCAAAAUGGAAAAUAAAAAACAUUUGCCACUUUGAUAUGGUGCGCUACUGUACCUCUGCCCAGUGUGUGGACCAACCAAAUAGAGGCAUUCUUUGCUGUCAGUGCAUUGUGGGUAUAAGGAAAUCUGUUAAAGCUGCCAUAUUGGCCUGCUUCAGUCCCUAAAUCCCUUCCAACCUGUGCUUUAGUGAACAUUGCUCUGUAACCCUUGUUGGUUGAAAGGUUUCUUUGUCUGAUGUUAGUGAUGCACAUGUGUAACAGCCCCCCUCAAUAAAACUCAAAGACAGUCAUAUCCUUGUAUAUUUUAGCAGCACCGCAUCAGUAAGAUGCUGUGUUCAUCUACUGUACAAGAGUGGCUAUAGGACAAAAAGUGUAUUUAUCCUUUUGUAUUCAAAUGAAGUUAUUUUUCUUGAAAUAAUGUACAAUGUAGAUUUUUUGUAUUAUUGACAAUUUGUGUUACCAGACAAUUUAUUAAUGUAUUUAAUUGUAAUCGGAUAAGAAAAUUACUACUUUUUAUUUAAUCUUUCUUUUUUUUUCUUUUCUCCUUUCAUUUAAUUGUGCAGAGAUUUCUCUGUAUGGGCAACGUGCUGGCAUCAAAGAAUAUCAGUUUACAUAUAUAACAAGUGUAAUAAGAUUCCACCAAAGGACAUUCUAAAUGUUUUCUUGUUGCUUUAACACUGGAAGAUAAAAAAAAUAAAUAAAAAUUCCUGCAUAAACAAUUUCAGGAAUUUGUAUUGCAAUUUCUUAAGACAAUUUUUAAAAAUUAUUUCCUUGAUCAUUUUACGGUCUGCUAUAUGGAUGAAAUACAAAUUCAACGUCAGAAUUUAGUUCACAAUGAAGUCUGACUAACUAACAUGUUUUCUAACAUGUAUCAAACCACUC